GCCGGGGAAAGAUGGGAAUGAUGGAUGUGAAUCGUUUUCCUGAAUCUUGUGUUUUUCCAUUUAACCCUCUCAUCAACCGAUCAUCCAGGAGGAUCUAUACAAGAUGACGACUCCUCCCGACACGACCUACAAGCACGACGUGAGCCACAGCCCGGGCGAGGACUCGACAUCGCCGGGUUGCAAGAGAGACGGCCCGCUGGAUGAAGAGAGCGAGAGAAACAAGAAGCGGCGCAUCACUCGUGCUUGCGACCUGUGCAACAAACGACGGGUGAAGUGCGAUGGACAGCAGCCAUGUUCGAGGUGUGCAGGACAUGAUAUCUGCGAAUACCAACGAGCAGUCUACAAGCGGGGAAAGCCCAGUCGCUCUGCCUUGCUUGAGCGACAGAAUGGACACAAGCAGGAAGCCGCGCCCGCACCUCCCGUACCCGCCCCGACGCAGCAACUACCGCCGCAACAUUCCCAGCCUCCGCCCCCGCCAACCGUACCCCUGACCGCCAAUCCGAUCAUACCAGAGCAAUCGCAACAAUCAUCAGCAUAUGCUCGACACAGCUCCUUCGGCACAGAUCAUGGCAUGCAAACAUUCAUGCAUCGUCCGAGUAUGGGAGAACGCCAUGCUUCGACUGUCACCUUGGACAGCAACGCAAACAUGUGGAAUGGCCGAUAUUCAAUUGAUCUGGGAUCUGCUGCAUUCAGCACCUCCAUGGCAGCCCCGGUCUUUGGCGCCGAUGAUGGCGGUUCAGAAACGAACUCGGGAGGUGUCGGACAUCCUAAAUACCCCGUUCUUGUCCCUCUUCUGCCAUAUGUGGCAUCCAUCUUGACAGAAGCACAGGCUGCCAGUCUGCUCGAGCUGUACUUCACAAGUCAAUUCAACACCUUCAUGCACCCUGUAUGUCGCCACAUCCAUGCUUUUGUCUUCCGCAAAGCUUCAGUCAUGAGCAAGGACAAUCCUCGAAACUGCAGUCCGGCAUUACUUGCAAGCAUGCUGUGGGCAGCUGCCGAAACAGGAGGUCCAGAAACUCUGUCCUGGUCACAUUCGAAACGCAUCAACAUUUGCAGGAAACUGCGACUGGUGACAAUCCGCUUGCUUCAUCCUCUGGUGCACUCAGAUAUCGGCUGCGUUCAUGAGUUGACAGAUGGCCCAACCCGCAAACUGCAGGAGUCAAGUUCUGGCACUCUUGACGAUGUAAUCACAUAUAUUCACAUUGCUGCAAUCACGUCUGCUAGUGAAGAAAAGGCUAUGAGUAUGAGAUGGUGGCAUGCGGCGUUUGCUCUUGCUCGAGAGCUAGGUCUGAACAAAGAGCCCAUCUCAGGCUCCUCAAUCCCUGGCGUAUCACCGACGGCAAACAACCAGAGCAUGAUUGAAUUCGAGAGUGACCCCUGGUUGGGUCUGAAUUCGUUCGAUUUUGACAAUGGUCUCGCUCAAUACAUGGAUGCUGCAGACACCACCCAGCCCGAGGUAGACCAAGAAACGCUGGAAGAGCGAAGGAGAACUUGGUGGCUACUCUACAUCCAAGAUCGUCAUUUGGCGCUUUGCUACAACCGACAGAACGCCUUAUUAGAUGCCGAAUGCGAGGAUCUUCUAUUACCACUGGACGAAGCAUCAUGGCAAUCAGGUAAUUUCUCAUCACUCACACAGCGCCCGCAAUUCCCUUCGUUCGAAUGUACUGGCCACAACAUCUACGGCUGGUUUUUACCAUUGAUGACGAUUGUCGGCACAAUACUCGACUACAAUCACCUGAAGAAUCACCACACACUUGGCAAGCUCUACACAGAUGGCCAACGAGUGCAAUCUCAGGUUCUGCUUCAACUCGACAAUUACGCGCAAAGUCUGGUCCGUUUCGAGCAACAAGCCUCCGCACUGGAUUACCAAGAUAUCCAUCACACAAAAACUGUCGUCGCAUACGCCAAUCUCGUCAUACAAGUCUCGCGCGUCCUUCUGGCCGGAAAGUGGGAUCCCAUGUCAUUGUUCGACGACCGGGAUCUUUUCAUGGCGACUCCUUCAUUCACAACGACAAUCGCGAAUGCCAUCGCAGCCGCCGACAACGUAUCUCAUAUCCUGGAUGUCGACCCAGAUCUAGGCUUUGUGCCGUAUUUCCUCGGCAUUCAGCUUCUACAGGGCAGUCUGCCUCUCCUGUUGAUUGUGGAUCGAUUGCAAACAGAAACGGAUCCGAAGAUUAUAAAUGCUUGCGAAGUCAUCAUCCGAGCGACUGAGGCUUGUGUGUCGACUCUGGAUACAGAAUAUCAGCGCAAUUACCGUCAAAUACUCCGAUCCGCAGUCACACAAGCGCGAGGCCGCUACGUACCACAGAAAGAAACACAAUACAGACGACACACUGUCCUCGCAUUAUACCGCUGGACGAAGAACGGCACUGGCAUUGCAUUGCGAUAAAAGAAGGAGAAGGACAAUACACAACAACGGAUACGAAUAACACGACACGUUUUUGGCUUGGAGGUACUCGAGUACGAGACUCUAUUUUGGGAGUGGACGCGCAGAAAACUGCUGUUGCGAGCACAUAACUUUGGAAGUUCAGGUUGCUGUUUUAUUACCACUCGCUAUUAACAUUCUAAUGUACACUUUUGGGAAGCAAACAUCCUCUGGCCUCG